UACAGACAAAAGUUGAACUCGUGAAUAUUCAUGUGAAAUGUGUAUAGUCCUUCAGUUUUGCCAUUCAAGAGCGAACUUGUUCAGAGUUCCUUCUACCGGCUUCCAACGAUAUUUCCAGUCCUCACCGACUGGAAGGAAAGUCCUUGUUGAAUGAGGACUCCUGUCUGUGUUGCUUCUGAGAUUAUGGAUUUGCUGUCAAGGAGAUUUAUUGUAGCCUGUGGAACCAGCAUGGAUACCUGCUCUAAGUUUGGAUCACAUGGAAAGGGUAGCAAGCUGAGAAAAUAUUGUCACUUCAAAUACAUUGCCGUAGGAUUAUUCUUGGCAGUGGCUCUUAUUACUUUAAUCACUGUGGUUAUUGCACAGAAUUUAUCUUCCACCAGGAACAGUAAAUAUGGGAUUGUGUUGGAUGCUGGUUCUUCCCACACUAAUGUGUAUGUGUAUGAAUGGCCAGCUGAGAAAGAGAAUAACACAGGAGUGGUGCGGCAGAUUCAUGUAUGUGAAGUAGAAGGUCCAGGAAUCUCAUCUUAUGCCAAUGCUGUGGAAAAUGCCAGUGUCCCCCUAAAGCACUGUAUGGAUUCAGCAAAGGAGAUUGUGCCACAGGGAAAGCAUCAGGAGACUCCUGUUUACCUAGGGGCAACAGCUGGCAUGCGGCUGCUGAGGUUGAAAAAUGAGGAUGUUGCUGGAAGGGUCCUCUCUGCAGUAGGAGAAACAUUGCGUAUGUAUCCCUUCAAGUUCCAGGGUGCCAGGAUUCUUGGUGGUGAUGAAGAAGGUGUCUAUGGCUGGAUCACCCUUAAUUACUUGCUGGGCAAAUUCACAGAGUCUAUCUGGCCAAAAGUACUGGGCCAUACUUUCUUCAAAAGUAGGACAACAGGAGCACUGGAUCUUGGAGGAGCAUCUACACAGAUUACCUUUGUACCAGACCCAAAUAAUAAUGAAUCAGCAGAUACCGUAAAAGUACAUCUCUAUGGAAAGGAAUACAUGGUAUAUACACAUAGCUUCUUAUGUUAUGGGAAGGACCAGGCUCUUCACCUCAAGCUGUUACAUGAUGUUUUUUCUUCGAAAACUGACAGACUCCAGGAUCCAUGUUUCCACCAAGGUUACACGAGGACACUUAAUGUUUUUGACCUGACCACAAAUCCCUGCACAGCAUGUAGGAUCACUGUAUCACACUCUCAGAUGCAAAUCCAAGGUGAUGGGAAUUAUGAAAAAUGCUUAGCAAGCAUCCAGAGAAUCUUUAAUACUCCAGACUGUUUUUACUCCAGCUGUACAUUCAAUCGUACCUUCUUGCCUGAGGUGUCUGGAGAAUUUGUGGCAUUUUCUGCUUUCUAUUAUGUAAUGAAUUUUCUGAAUGCUACCCAAAAACCUAUGGACCAAGUGAUACAGACAGUGAAGAGCUUUUGCUCCAAAUCCUGGAAUGAGGUGAAAGUCGAAUUUCCUAAGGUAAAAGAAAAGUACUUGAGUGAGUACUGUUUCUCAGGUGUUUAUAUUAUCUCACUGCUUGGCCAGAGAUACAACUUCACCGAGGAAAAAUGGCGGAAUAUCCACUUCCUGAAGAAGAUUCAAAACAGUGAUGCAGGAUGGACCCUGGGCUAUAUGCUAAACCUUACCAACAUGAUCCCUGCAGAGCAGCCCUACAGACACCUAUUAUCCCACGCAAGCUAUAUCAGCUUGAUGGUCAUCUGCUCUACUCUAGUGGUGUCUCUGCUCUUUGUAGGCUGGAUGAUUUAUCGCAAACCAAAGUGCCUGAGAAAGGAAAUAAUUUAGAGUGCAGUAGGCAGCUUGGUGUGUCUAUGGACACGUUGUGGUCAAGAUCAGAGGGCUGUACUUUCCCCCUCUGCUCUGCUGAAACAACUAGUCUAUAUGAAGGCUUUCUGUGCCAUUUGCUCUGGCACCAACAGAUACCAAAACAACAGCAUGCUACCAUUCUGUUCAUCUCCCUCAGACUGAAGAUUCACUUCUCAUCCUACUCUAAGUGAGGGUUGAUAAUAAGUACUUGCACAUUGUAUUGAAACAAACACCACUUCUCUCAGGUAUGCCACUUCAUAUAUUGCUUUAGUCCUGGGAAUACAGCACAGGGACAUCCAGCCAGAAAUGAUGGACUGAACAUUGCAAGGACAAUCCUAGACUUCUCUUUGGAUUGUGUGUUUUCUUUCAUUCUACUGGAAAGCUCCAUAAGCAUUCAGACAUACUGCCUACUGGCCCCAUCCCAUUUACAGUUUUGAAGUAGCCCUUUAUCAGAUUUGUAGUAUGUCCUCUGUGAAAGAGGUUGGAAGUGAAAACUUUUGACAAUAGCUUAUCAUUUGCUGGGAGAAGAAAGGAGGAACAGCCCAAAGUACUCUCUACUAAAAGCUAAAGAACAAAAUGCAGCUUAUGAAUGUCCAGCUUGACCAGAAAAAGGAACAGUGAAUUAUUCCUGAUGUGUAACAGUUUGUAUCUGAGUAACAGGCCUUGCACUGAUGAACUGUUUGUGAACUGUUUGGAUUCACUAUCAGCUGCCUUAUGUAAGUUAUACAUUUCUGGACACACAGGCUUGAUUUCACACUGUAUAUUAACAAAGUCCAUUGGUAUUAUUAUCAUUCAAAAACUGUUUGUGUUGGAGGAGAGGGAAACAAACCCUUUGCAGCAGAAUUCACAUCCCUGCGAUGCGGAAGUUCUCAAGAGUGGAACCUCUGGAAUCCCUUCCUUCUUCCAAGCCCCAGAGGAAUGUUCCUAGGAAAAAAACAAAACUCACGCACUGGAGUUUUAUUGAAAAUUAGGAAUUACUCUAGUCAAACCAUUUCCAGCCUUCCUCUGACAAAUGAGCCAGUCUGUUAUCUAGCCUGUCUGCUGAUUAGCAAAUCUAAGCUAUCCUGUUAACACUGUUGAUCCAGCAACAUUUGAACAUAUCCUGUCAGCAGACAACCUACCUGUACAUCUGUGCCACUCUUAUGAAAGCCUUAUUUAUCAUUUGCUUCAGGAUAGCAGUGUCCCUGCCAGUCUCAAGUCUUCUGGAGAACCAGCUCAAUGGAAUAAUCCUGUGAUCCAGCAAUAAUAACAUGGCAAUGUUUUAGGUGGGGAAGAUUCAUGCAGGCAGAGCUGAUACAUGGUCAAGCAGAGUUUUAAGGGAAUCUGCUGGUCUCAGGCAGAUCAACUGGCUUUCAUCCACCAGCUUUCCAGUCUUCAGCAGAUUAAGCGUGUUCCAAAUUAGACCAGGCCUGAGAGUUUAAAUAACUUCAGGAUUGUAGAAUCACACAGGGGAAGACAUUGUGGGGAGAUAAUUAGAGAGCCGGUGGCUGAUAGUUGAUCUAGCAGAUAUCUGAUACUGGCACUUUUAAGUGACUUUUAGCAACUAGGAUUGAUGAAGGUAAUUUUCAUGCUGUUGGCUAAUCUAAGGAAUCUACUUUUAUUUUAGCACAUAUAUAUAUAUGCAGGAUUAUUGCAUUAAGUCAUGAUGCGGUUCGCUUGGCUUAGUACAAUGUGUAGCUCUAGAGUUAGCAUGAACUUUACAUGGCUCUUCUUAUUUAAUACAGGAAGUUUUUCAACAAUAUGAUUCCCCACCUCAGGAAUUUUAUUUCAGACAAGCAUAAUUUUGACAAGUAAUGAAAUGGCUUACCAUUUAAAAGAGUUUGCAAAGAAGGGAAAGGGAAUAGAACUUAAAAUCUGAUGUAUGAGAAGCACAGAAACAGGAAAUGCUCAGAGUAUGAAACAUAUAACAAUUCAUGCCAGGUAAGUACUGACCACAUUUAUGUGUCAAAAUUGUUGUGAAUCUUGGCUUAGUGAGAAUGAGCAAUAUGUACCAUGCCACAUAUUUCCACACUGAUUACACAAAAUAAGCAUUCAUUUUGUACUGAUUUUUAAAAAGCAUUUCCAAUUUUUUUUGGAAAUACGUCUAUGUUUAGUGAGCUGGUUUUCUAGAUGAGCUGCAUUUAAACUGACCCAUCUUUGACCAUUCAGGACCUUGCCUAGUCAAAAGAUGGAAUAAAUGAAUAAAAAUAAAUGAAUAACAAUGUCCUACAUAUUUCCCAGCUACUCCAGAAUCUUAAUAGGAAAAAAAUCAGUUGGCUCCUUUCUGUAUCUUUAUGCCUUACUCCUGCUAGGAACUAUCCACUAUUAGAGACCUUCAGUAUUCUUCUCCCCCCAUAGCUGUAGAACAAUACAGAAAUCUUGACUAUUCAUAUUCCUUAGGAUAACCUUUUAGAGUACAUUAGGAUUGAAGCAGCAUUGGGAGGGGGGAAAAGGAUGCAAAUCAGGCUGGGUUGGAUUGAGACAGUCACUAGAACAAGUGACAAUCUCUUUAUCUCUGCCAGUCUGGUACUAUCCAGAUAUGCUGGACUACAGUCUCCACCAUCCCCAACUAGCAUGCCCAAUCCACUUGCUGAAAGGAUGGUGGCACUGAUGGUCCUACAUUCCUGGAAGGCCCCAUGCUUGGAAAAAGUUUGUCUACCUCUUCAUAUUGAUCCCAGCUAAUGGGUGCCUGUUAUUGUUUUGUGAUAAUCUGUCCAAAUGACACAACGUAUCAGGUCCCUUAUCCUGUUAUUGGGGUUGCUGCUGAAUUUAUGCUCUUCAACAGACUGAUUUGCAAGAAUCCCAACUGUAGACAUAGGGUUGGAAGGGAAUUAAAUGCAAUAAAUUUAUAUUAUUAAACAUCUGUGCCCAGUAGCCCCUCUUCCUGGCUGCAGGCUUGGAGGAAGAAUAAUUCAGGAUAAGUGGUCCUGGGAUGCUGUCACAUACUUUCUGAAAAUAAUUUAAACCCUGUCUUGGCUUUCCUGUUCAAAUGAAACAAAUAUUCACUUCAUACACAUGUACUUAUCUGUAUUUAUAUGGAACAUUAAAGAUGCUUUGAAUAAUG